UUAUGUGUGAUCUGGUCUUCUCGGGUAGCACCAGGGAUCUCCGCAGGGUACAGCCUCAGUGAAGGUCGCUUAUAAUGAAAAUAUGAUGCUUUUUACAUCCAUUGAUCAGACUCUGACUCAUUGGUUUUGGUGAGUGAUUAGUUUACAUGGUGGAGUCUUCAUCGACCCGAGUGGCAUCCUCACUGCGGUCUCCACUUUUUUGAGAAGGUGAAGCUAUUAUAAUAACACCGUCGGCCGCUAUGAGACGAAUAACGGGAAAGGCGAAGGAUGAAACUUUGAUCGAGCUGCAGAACGCGACGGAAUCACAGACUGGAGAUGGUCUUGCAGUGUUGACUGCAUUCAGGAUAAACCUGCACUCAGAUGAAAACAGUGGAAAUGGCGUCAGUUCAUUAUCAGACAGAUCAACACUGCCUGGACAUACAGAAAUGGACAAGCUACAACCAAACAAAGACACGGUGUUCUUCAAGGACGGGGUGAGGAGGAUCGACUUUGUGUUGUCUUACGUGGAUGACAAGGAUGGAGAAAAGAAACAGGAAAGGAGGAGGGAGUUUGAGGCCAAUCUUGAGAAAGCUGGACUGGAGCUCGAGACAGAUGACAAAUCAGCCUCCAAAGACCAAAAGACAUACUUCUUGAAGAUCCAUGCUCCGUGGGAUGUUCUGGCCACCUAUGCAGAUGUCUUGAAGAUCAAGGUUCCCUUCAAGGCGAGCGAUAUCCCCAAUGUUAAGGACGUCCCACUGGAGUGGCUCUCACAUCCUUUCCGCCUGCCAGAGCAUAUCAUGCACCCCCAGCCGGACUACUUCACCCACGCUUUUGACAAGACCAAGACGGACUUCUUCCUUAUCAAUGACAAGGACACAUUUUUCCCACCUUCCACAAGAAACAGAAUUGUGUACUACAUCCUGGCUCGUUGUCCGUACUACAAAGAGGGCCGGAAAGACAGAGACAAGACGGGAAUCAAACGAUUACUCAGCAACGGGACCUACACAGCAGCCUUCCCACUUCACGAUUGUCGUUACUGGAAACGGGCAAGAAAUGCUGAAUGUGAGAGCGAGCGCUACAACCUGUACGAGCACUGGGCCAGGUUUCUCUGCUUUUACAAAGAGCAGCCUCUUAACCUCAUUAGGAAGUAUUAUGGGGAGAAGAUCGGGAUCUACUUUGCCUGGCUGGGAUUCUACACAGAGAUGCUGUUCUUUGCAGCCGUCAUGGGUCUUAUAUGUUUCACAUAUGGAGUACUCAGUUAUGACGACAACAUCUCAAGCAAAGAAAUUUGUGAUGCUGACAUUGGAGGCACUAUCGUGAUGUGUCCACUUUGUGAUAAGAAGUGUCCUUUCUGGAAGCUCAACUCUACAUGUCUCUCCUCCUGGCAAUCCCAUCUGUUUGAUAAUGAAGGAACAGUAUUCUUUGCCAUAUUUAUGGGGAUUUGGGUAACUCUGUUUUUGGAGUUCUGGAAGCGGCGUCAAGCCCGGCUGGAGUACGAGUGGGACUUGGUGGACUUUGAAGAGGAACAGCAGCAGCUUCAAAUCCGGCCCGAGUUUGAGAUCAGAUGCACUAACAGGAGGCUCAACAAGAUCACAAAGGAAAUGGAGCCAUAUCUCCCCGUCAGCAGCAAGUGCGCUCGCUACUGCCUCUCCUCAGCCACUGUCCUCCUCUGGAUCUCUCUGAUAGUGGCCUGUAUUAUCGGGGUCAUAGCGUACAGGCUGGCCGUGUACGCUGCCUUUGCGAGUAUCAUUAAAGACCCCAUGAGGAAGAUCCAGUUGGUGGGAAGAUUCAUCACUCCACAGCUGGCAACUUCUGUCACUGCUUCCUGCAUCAACUUUGUCAUCAUCAUGAUCCUCAACUUCUUUUACGAGAGGGUGGCCAUUUGGAUCACUGACAUGGAAAUCCCUAAGACCCACCUGGAGUAUGAGAACAGGCUGACCAUGAAGAUGUUUCUGUUCCAGUUUGUCAACUACUACUCCUCUUGCUUCUAUGUGGCCUUCUUUAAAGGCAAAUUUGUGGGUUAUCCUGGUGAAUACUCAUACAUGUUUAAAAAGUGGAAAAAACUGAGGAAUGAGGAGUGUGAUCCCGGAGGCUGUCUGAUUGAGCUGACCACUCAGUUGGUGAUCGUCAUGGCAGGAAAACAACUAUGGGGGAACAUUCAAGAAGCCCUGCUGCCGCUGUUGCGUAACUUGUGGAGUAGCAGAAAGGGACGACACAAUCCUGAUAACCAUUACAGCCGCUGUGAGCAGGACCACGUCCUGCUGAACUUCAGCCAGCUCGGCUUGUUCUAUGAGUACCUGGAGAUGGUGAUCCAGUUUGGCUUCAUCACUCUGUUUGUGGCCUCUUUCCCCUUGGCUCCCCUCCUGGCUUUGUUCAACAACAUCCUGGAGAUCAGGGUCGACGCCUGGAAGUUCACCACCCAGUUCAGACGGCCGGUGGCGUCUAAGGCCCGAAACAUCGGAGCGUGGCAAGAAAUCCUCAAUGCAGUGGCAAUUUUGUCUGUUGUCACCAAUGCGUUCAUCAUGGCGUUCACCUCAGACAUGAUUCCCCGUUUGGUCUACCUGUAUGCCUACAAUAAUAAGUCCUCCAUGACGGGCUAUGUGAACAACAGCCUGUCAAUAUACAACAUCUCACAGAUACAUAACGACAGCAUGCCGGAGGAACGUGACAACUGGCUUGAUAAUUCGACCACCACCUGCAGAUACCGUGACUACCGUUACCCUCCUGGCCACGAGAAGGCGUACAACCACACUAUGCAGUUCUGGCACAUCCUGGCAGCCAAAAUGGCCUUCAUUAUUAUCAUGGAACAUGUGGUCUUUGUGGUGAAGUUCUUUGUGGCGUGGUUGAUCCCGGACGUCCCGUCGGAUGUGAAGGCACGCAUUAAGCGGGAACGCUACCUGAUUCAAGAGUACCUGCAUAACUACGAAGUGGAGAGGCUCAAACUCCAGCUGAGUGCCAGCUUCAUCACGGAGCCACAAUCAGAGAUUUCCUCCACGCCAGACAAACAUGAAGUGUUAUCUGAGUGCCUGUAGCCCUUGCUGCACACUGCCAACUAACCAAGCCCAGAACGGACAUUUGUGGGAGUUUUACCCCCGCUGAGAACAUCCGUAUGCAAGGGCCUCUGUCUCUGAGAUUUAAAACGCUAUUAUUUUUUUUAUUUUUGAAUGGACAUUAUCUUCUGACAAGGUGUAGUCCUAUAUUAGGAUCUGUACAGAGGCAUUAGAGAAAAAAAAUCAGCAUUUCAAUUUGUUUUCAAAUCAGCUUCUUAAAUGGAUGAAGCUCUUCUGUGCCAUAGCAAAUUGUUGGAAGGUUCUGGGAUGAAAAAGAUUGUAUGUGCAGCUUGUACUAACACUCCCCAUGUAUUGCCUUCUCUCACUCUCUCCAUGUCUCAUAACUAAAAAAAAACUGUGUAUGUAUGUGCUGAUAGACUUAGAAGUUGUGGUGUUGAACGUGUGACAUUUAGUGUAAUUACCCUUUAAGAAGAGUUGAUAAUGAUAUCAUUAACUUAAUUGCCUGCAUGUGAUUCUUCUAAUGAGAAUACAGGAUGAAGGACUGAAUUGCUCAAACAAGAAGCUACACUGUACGUCAGUUGUGAAUCAUAUCAUUGUCUGUCAAUUAACUAUGAAUGAAGAGUAGAAGACACUCAGACUUAAAUAUUGUUAAAUAUAAGAAAAUGUGAAACACAUUUAUAUAAGAGGAUAUUCAAAACGAGUGGUGCGUAUUCCUCAAACAGCUUCACUAUCAUUUAAAAGUAGCUACAUAAUGUUUAGUUCCACUGAUCUUAAGCUGCGCUAUAAGAUUGUCAGUUUUGUUAUGUGAGUGUAUGAUGUUUCGGGGAAAAGCUGUCAAAAACUGUGUUUAAAACAAAGUACCUCCCUCAUACUGCAGCGAUACUGUAACAAUCAAAAGUGUGGCAUUAUUUCGACACAUUCCACCCUCAUUUAAGGGCUGCAACAUUCAUUUAUAGUGAGACGGCAGCUGCGGGCUCACGUCCCAUCUUCCAAAUGUAUUUCCAACUAGCUGCGGGACCAAUUAUAACACUUCUACCAUCAGAAGAGACUACGUGAAGAAGACGCUGGAAGAUCUCAAGACAGAUCUUCUGUUUUAUGCGUUGUGUGUGAGAGUUUUACUCCUCGUAGUAUAUACACGUGGAUAAUAAAUGGCCUGGAUUAUUGUUUUCAGAUUUUACAUUAUUCAUGUCUCCAUAUAUUGUAGGCAGAUACAAUUAUAAUCUUGAUGUGAAGUGUUUGCAGUAAGAAAGCAGAGGAAUUCUUGUCCUGGUUGGAAUACAUGUGAAUGAGAAUUUCAGUAAAAAUAAAAAGAAAAAAACUACCUAAUCACUUCUAGCAACCAGUUCAUACUCUCUACCUGGUUACUACAUGUUACUGUAGACAGUCAGAAUACGUUAUCUAUUUAAAUGGGUUGUAGUGAAAUUAUUUUUUUGAUCUGUGGCUGGUUUGUGGCUUGAAGCAUUUGUGUUUAGAGCUGUUUCAUUAUCCACUUUGUUACAUUUUUCUUUUAAGUUUCCUUUCAGUACCUGAUUUCUUACUACAUCACCUCAUAUUAAUAACCAUCAAACCGUGUUAGGACAGUUCGUAAAGUAUCAUUUAUGGUAUAAAUUGCUACUUUAUCAGGGGACCAGACAAGUAAAAACACUCCAUCUGCAACACUUUAUGUGAGAGACAGCUGUAAUUAUUACGUAAUUAUUAUUAUUAAAUAUGUUUUUUUUUUACAGCAGUUUAGGCAUUUAUCAGAUAGAGUGAGAUGUUUUUCUAAUCUUCUAAAGUCUAACAUUGAUUUGGUAGUUGUUUAUAUUGAAACAUUGUUCUGAAAUGAUGCACUUGUUACUCCAGAUCUCCGCCAUUCUGAUUUGACAGUCAAAAAGUAAGCCUGACUUACUCCAAUCUCAGGAUUAACAUCUUCAGGUGUUUGUUGAGCAUCAGCGUGCAGUUGCGUGACCCUGCUGCAAAAGUGCACGAUAUAUUUCCAAAACAAACAAAUGCCUUAAAAGUCUGUGUUUACUUGUUUUUGUAUGAUUUUGUAAUGACGAAGUUUCCUAUCUGAAUUCAAAAACAAAUUUCAUAUCAUGUGUUGCUGCUGUUGCUGCUAGUUAUUGCAAAAUAGCCUGUUUUGUCUGUGCAUGCAUUGCUGUUAUGUAAAUAUGUUGUCAGUCACAUUCUGAUUGCAUUGUAGGCCGUUGUACAUAAAUGCAUUAAAGCUGAUAAUAUUUACAAUAAAUGAAGAAAUAACUAUG